GCCACUACUUCCUUACACACUCUCUCUGCGUCGUCUCUCUUUCUCUCUCGCGCUCUCGCUCCCAAACCUUACCUCUUCAACCCGGUUUUCCUCCUUCCAGUUCGUAUGUCUCUUCAAUCUUCGCCAAUUUCUCCCUCCAUUGUUCUGAGAUCACCAAUCGCUACGAUCCCCGUCCGAAAUCCUAACCGUAGCUACUUGAAUUCGUCGUCUAAGAGCCCAGCGACGGCGACGACGCCGGUUGGUUCAGCCGGUGGAAUCCUUCAUUGACACUUCUCUCUCUGGUCUGCUUCGUCGAACUUCAUGUCGCCCCGGCUUUCUACAAAUGGCGAUGGCAAACCCUUUCCAUUUGUGAGGUGACGACUCUGAGGACUCCACAGCAAAUCGCAGCGGCGGCAGCGGCGUCUCCACUCAAGAAGGGUUUAGCUGCGGCGGCUCAGCAGCAGCAGCAAACUCAGUUGGCUUCUAAGCCCGUUCCUCCUACAUAGGCUGGUUAGGGUUUAGAGAGAUGAGUACCGAUUUUUGGGAGAGAUUUGUGGGAGUGACUGAAAGAUAUUUAGCUUUACAAGUUCGAUUUCUCUCUUCAUUCUGAUUCUCCGAUCUGAUGAUGUCGGUGGUGAAGAUCUUCGAUUAGAUAUCGGAGAUGGAAAGGAAAAAGCAAGAGGAUAAAGUGAAGAGGGUGCAACAACAGGAGGAACAUUUUAAUUUUGUUAAGAUCUUCGGAUGAUCAUGAACCCUGAAAGGAGGCAAAUCAUCGACACCUACAUUGAUGGAGUAGCUGCAGCUGCUAGGAAAUGCGAUGUUGGGGGAAAGAGGAGAGUUAUGAGAUCGGUUGCAGUGAGGUGGACCACAAAGGCAGCAGUGGCAGCGGGGCAUGGGGGUGUGGUAUCAAGCUCUGGUAUCCCAGCUACCGUUGCGACGGCCGGAGACGGUAGUCCUGGAUACCGCGGUUUUGAAAAUAAGCAGAAAACAGAGAGGGUCGCUGGUUGAGGGGCACUGGGGCAGUAGUUCAGAGAUUCAAAUCUAGUUGGUUGAAGUUCUCUUGAUUGAACACAGCUGAACAGAGAGAAAGAGAAGAUGGAAGAUAAUAAUAAAGAUAUCAAUAAUUGGCUCGCAGUGACGAGGUCCAGGAAUGGGAAGUGGUGGUACAGUGCUUUUCACAAUGUCACUGCUUUGGUUGGAGCUGGAGUGCUUGGAUUUCCCUAUGCCAUGUCUCAACUUGGAUGGGGUCCUGGCAUCACAGUUUUGGUGCUUUCAUGGAUAUGCACGUUAUACACUGCAUGGCAGAUGAUUGAGAUGCACGAGGCUGAGUCUGGGAAGAGGUUUGAUAGGUAUCAUGAAUUAGGGCAAUAUGCCUUCGGGGAAAAGCUAGGGUUAUGGAUUGUGGUGCCUCAAACACUAAUAGUGGAUGUUGGCACAGACAUAAUUUACAUGAUUACUGGUGGAAAUUCCUUGAAGAAGGCCCAUCAAAUUCUUUGCAAAAAUUGUAAGCCAAUUAGGACCACUUACUUCAUUAUGAUCUUUGCAAGCCUUCAGUUUUUCCUCUCGCAUCUUCCCAGUUUCAAUUCCAUCAUUGGUGUAUCUAUUUCUGCAGCCGUCAUGUCCAUCUGCUACUCAACGAUUGCAUGGACAAGUUCGGCUCAUAAAGGUGCCUUACCAGAUGUGAAAUAUGAUGGCAGAUCUUCAACUACGAUAGGAAACGUUUUCGACUUCUUUACCGGUUUGGGGACCAUAGCAUUUGGGUAUGCUGCACACAAUGUGUUACUUGAGAUCCAAGCAACGGUUCCUUCGACGCCAGAGAAGCCUUCAAAGAAGGCCAUGUGGAAGGGAAUGAUUGCUGCUUACAUUGUUGUGGGUUUGUGCUACUUCCCUGUUGCAAUCUUUGGCUACUGGGCUUUUGGAAACUCUGUUACUGAUAACAUCCUCAUGUCCCUCGAUAAACCUCACUGGCUCACCGCCGUUGCCAAUAUAUUUGUCGUUAUUCAUGUCACCGGAAGUUAUCAGGUGUUUGCUGUUCCGGUGUUUGACAUGAUGGAAUCACUCAUGUUGCGGAGAAUGAAUUUCAAGCCAACGUGGUACCUUCGUUUCAUUUCCCGCAAUAUUUAUGUUGCACUUACUAUGCUAGUUGCAAUUAUAUUUCCAUUUUUUGGUGGGCUCCUUAGCUUCUUAGGAGGACUUGUCUUCGCUCCAACCACAUACUUCCUCCCUUGCAUAAUAUGGCUAGUAGUCUAUAAACCAAAGAGAUUUAGCGGAUCCUGGUGUGCAAAUUGGUUUUGCAUCGUAUUUGGAGUAUUAUUGAUGGUUUUAGGCUCGAUUGGCGCAAUGAGGGAGAUCAUACUGCAAGCUAAGGACUACAAAUUUUUCUCUUGAUCUUUUUUGGAUGUUACUUUGAAUAUUAUUCAUCACAUUUAUUCAUCUAUUUCUUUUAGCUCUUUAGUCAAAUACCUAGUUAGCUAUUUUAGAAAAACACUUUUAUUAAGUGAAGUGUUUUAUUAGAAGAACAGACUAAUUUCAUUUUAAGUAUGGUCGAAUUUCCUGUUUAGCUAUUAAUAGAGUAGAAUCCAUAUUCCUUUCCCGCAAAAGUUUGGAAACCAACAAACAAAGUGAAUUAUAAUAAAGAUUUUAUAAUUGACUUUA